UCUGGAAAGGUUACGAUGGCACCUUACAAACUGAUGCUUUCUUCUUUAGCAAAAAUCCGCAGAUCAGCUGUUUUACACUGUCGCUAUUUAUCAACAAUGUCGAAUCUUUUAAUCGACGAUCCCAAAUAUUCAUGGCUCAAGGACCUUGGUCUUUCAAGUAAAAAUAACGGUGUUUACAAUGGCAAAUGGUGUGGCGGAGGAGAGGUUGUGGUCACACAUUGCCCGGCCAACAAUAAGCCAAUAGCUCAAGUUGUUACGGCAAAUGAUUCUGAUUAUGAAAGCACAAUAACAGCAGCUAGAGAAGCAUGGGGAAAAUGGGCAGAUAUUCCAGCCCCACAAAGAGGAGAGAUAGUUCGGCAAAUAGGAGAUGCCUUGAGAGAGAAAAAAUAUCUGUUGGGAAAGCUGAUUUCCUUAGAAAUGGGCAAAAUAUUGGCAGAAGGUGAAGGAGAGGUUCAGGAGUACAUUGAUAUCUGUGAUUAUGCUGUUGGGUUGUCACGCACAUUUUCUGGGAGUAUAUUCCCAUCUGAGAGACCAGGACACUUGCUGUUGGAGCAAUGGAAUCCUCUUGGUGUUGUUGGUGUUAUAAGUGCUUUCAAUUUUCCCUGCGCUGUGUAUGGGUGGAACUCAGCCAUUGGCAUGAUUUGUGGAAAUGCAAUGCUGUGGAAAGGAGCUCCAUCUACACAUCUUGUUAGUGUUGCUGUAACAAAGGUGAUCAGCUCAGUGCUUGAAAAAAAUAACAUUCCAGGUGCUAUUUGCUCUCUUGUUAGUGGUGGAGCUGAAAUUGGGACAUUAAUGUCAAAGGAUGAACGAGUCAAUCUAUUAUCUUUUACUGGAAGUACACCUGUGGGUCAAAAAGUUUCCCUCAUGGUUCAGGAACGCUUUGGAAAAUUUCUUUUGGAACUUGGUGGAAACAAUGCAAUUAUUGUGAACGAAGAUGCUGAUAUUGAUAUGGUGGUUAGAUCAGCUGUUUUUGCCUGUGCUGGAACAGCCGGUCAAAGGUGCACUACAACCAGAAGGCUGAUUUUACAUGAGAAAGUACAUGACAUGGUUAUUGAAAAGUUAGCAAAGGCCUAUGCUCAGCUGAGGAUUGGAGAUCCAAUAGAAGAAGGUACACUAUAUGGCCCACUGCAUAAUCCAGAAGCUGUUCAAAAAUAUGUUGAAACUAUUGAAGAGGCUGAAGCACAAGGGGGGAAAAUUAUUUAUGGCGGAAAGGUGCUGAAGCGACCUGGAAAUUAUGUGGAACCCACCAUCAUAACUGGACUUUCCCAUGAUGCAAAAGUAGUUCUCAAGGAAACAUUUGUUCCUAUUGUCUAUGUCCUCAAGUGCCAGAGUAUGGAUGAAGCCAUGACGUGGAACAAUGAAGUUAAACAAGGCCUUUCCAGUAGUGUCUUUACCAAAGAUUUGAGCACUAUUUACAAGUGGAUAGGACCAAAGGGAUCUGAUUGUGGCAUUGUGAAUGUCAACAUACCUACUAAUGGAGCUGAAAUAGGAGGGGCAUUUGGGGGAGAGAAGCACACAGGUGGAGGCAGAGAAUCUGGCAGUGACUCUUGGAAACAGUACAUGAGACGCUCUACCUGCACAAUAAACUUCAGUAAACAGCUUCCACUGGCCCAGGGAAUCAAGUUUGAAUAGUUACAAGUUGUACCAGAGUUGGUUUCUUAGAGUUUCACUGUGGUUUCUACUAGAUCAGUGUGUUCUGGUAGUGGUUGCCUGUAGUUUUCUCGUGUAAAAGAAGUGAUUUUCCAGCUACAUGACCAGAAAGAUAUUUGUACAACUUCCAACACAGAAAGGAUUUGUGAUUUGUUCUGAGAACUUUCAAAUAGAAAAGAUGGCCUGCAGUAUUCAAAUGAAAUUAUGUAUGAUAUUAACGAAACAAAUUUUAAAAGGAAUAGUUUCUCCACACAAAUUACACACAGUGAAACACAAUACUAGUUAUCUGGUAUCAAUUAGCAAGGUCUGAUUUGUGUUGAUUUUCUCAAGCUUUAUAUCAGUGUUUUUAGGCACUGUCAAAUUAUACACUGUUAUUUUUUUCCAGUGUGCCUUCUAUAUCAUUGUAAUUUAAUUGUAAUUGUAUGUAAUUUGUUGAAUGGAAUACAAAUAUACCAGCAGCUGUUAUAAUAGUUAAUGCUAUAUUUUUUAAUAAUAUAAAUAAUUUUCAAAUGGUCAUUUAAUUUAUCAUGUAAAUUUGUUAUCACCUGAUAAAUUCUCUUGUCUCUAUGAUGCAUUUAACAAAGAAAAGUCUUGACCACUUGUGGCCAGAUUUUGUGGUGUUUGCUGUGCAAUGAAGUUUUAUUGUAAUUCUUCCAUAUAAAUUUUUUUCUCUUAACAAAUUUUACCUAUCAAGGUUCUAGUCUCAAUUUGUCACUAACCUCUAUAACAGUAACAGAUUACCUUUUUUGUAAUUUCAAGAAUCUCAUUUGUUCUCUCAAGCCUACAAUGGAGGUAGAAACAAGAAUUAUUUCACCUUAUAGAUGUCAGUAUUUCCUGGGCCAAUAUAGGUCAAAGUUCACUCUGCAUCAGAGUUUUCCAUGUAGAUUAUGCUUUAUUUCAUCAGGUGAUUAUUAUCUCAGUAUGAUUAUUAGUAAAUAUGAAUUUAAUGGAUAAAUUUAGUUGAAAGUCGUGAUUUUAUAUUGUUCUACAUGCCAUACUUUUAUUCCAGAAAUGCAUUUUACACAAUUACAAACAUUUAUCAAUGUGUGCCAGCAAUAAACAAAUAAUGAAU